AGUAUUUUCACUUUUGAUCUGCGCCAGGGGUCGUGUACGAUGGGAUGAAACUGAUCUAGGGGAAAUCGAGGCAAUCAAACCAGUAAGGCAAAAAAUCACAGAGCCAAAGACACCUUAUCACCUAAUGAUCGAUGAAGAUGAUUAUGGGUCUUUGUCUCCUAUACGGAAUAGCUCUGAAGAUGGCACUGGCAAUGGAAUUCAUGCUGAAGCUAUUCAGAGGGCAUUGAAAGAUGUUGAAUCCAGGAAUGACAAAACACGUCCAACUGGAUGGCCAUCUUCUGAGGAUGAGGCAGAUGAAAUGGAUGAAGAUGAUGAAGGUUCUGAUUCAGAAAGAAGCAGGCGCUUUAAGGAGCAUAGACGGGCACACUACGAUGAAAAUAAACGCGUGAAACUCCUUCGGAAGGGCUCCCUUGGCAUGGAAGACGAAUUUGAUGAAGAGAGCAGUAACUCUACUCAUUUGUCACACAUUGAUUGUACAAAUUUUGAUUUGACUAAAAUACUUUUUGUCACCUUGUAUGAUUUUAUUUUUUACUUGUCAUUGUCCUUGCUUUAAACUUAUUUUUUUUACAUCAAUAUUACUCCGUAAUAGAGAACUACCAUAAAA